UUCCUGGCCACUCCGGCCCGCCCGCAGCCGGCCGCGUCAUGCCAGGCGCUGAGCGGCGCUAGUGUCCGGGACCGCCGCCCGCCCGCCUGCCCGCCCACCUAAAGCCGCGCCCACUGUCCAGAGCCAGAGGGAUGGUGGUAGUCACGGGGCAGCAGUCAGACAGCCGUCGCCCGGACGGUGCCAUGUCCAGCUCCGACGCCGAGGACGACUUUCUGGAGCCGGCCACCCCGACGGCCACGCAGGCGGGCCAGGCGCUGCCCCUGCUGCCCCAGGAGUUUCCUGAGGUUGUCCCCCUUAACAUCGGAGGGGCUCACUUCACCACACGCCUGUCCACCCUGCGGCGCUACGAAGACACCAUGCUGGCGGCCAUGUUCAGUGGGCGGCACUACAUCCCCACAGACUCCGAGGGCCGAUACUUCAUCGACCGGGAUGGCACACACUUCGGAGAUGUGCUAAACUUCCUGCGCUCAGGGGACCUGCCACCCCGGGAGCAUGUGCGGGCUGUGCACAAGGAGGCCCAGUACUAUGCCAUCGGGCCCCUGCUGGAGCAGCUGGAGAACAUGCAACCGCUGAAGGGCGAGAAGGUGCGCCAGGCAUUUCUGGGACUCAUGCCCUAUUACAAAGACCAUUUGGAGCGGAUCGUGGAGAUCGCCCGGCUGCGGGCCGUACAGCGGAAGGCCCGCUUUGCCAAGCUCAAGGUCUGUGUCUUCAAGGAGGAGAUGCCCAUCACCCCCUAUGAGUGUCCGCUGCUCAACUCUUUGCGCUUUGAGCGGAGCGAGAGUGACGGGCAGCUCUUCGAGCACCACUGCGAGGUGGAUGUGUCGUUUGGGCCCUGGGAGGCCGUGGCGGAUGUGUACGACCUACUGCACUGCCUGGUCACGGACCUCUCAGCCCAGGGCCUCACUGUGGACCACCAGUGCAUCGGGGUGUGUGACAAGCACCUCGUCAACCACUACUACUGCAAACGUCCCAUCUAUGAGUUCAAGAUCACAUGGUGGUGAGUAGCCCUGGGAGGCCACCGAGUCCCAGCAGGGCGGGUUUCCGUCCCUCUUGGUGGCUCUGGGAGCGAGAUCCCUGGAGGGGACUGCGACCGCUUCCAGAACCUGUGGAGGUGAGGACUGAGUCCUGAGGCACAGCUCCAAGGGGACAGAGAGACAGCUUCAGCCUCCCCAGCUGCACCUCACAGUCAUGUGCAGGGCUCACAGCCCAUGGGGGAUCUAGGCCUGCGCUCACCUAGCCUUUCCUCAAGGCGUGGAGGCUUUACUGGAGGCUGAUGGGGGCCUGGCCAGGAAGUCCAAAGAGGUUUUGUCACCUUCUUGACCUCAUAAGAGACUUUCUGCCCAUUUUAGAGCCACAGUACCAAACCGAUGUAGGCGACAUCAUUCCCUCCGCCCUGUUCAGGCCCCUUCCUUGUACUCGGUGUAAUGGGACAAACAUGGAAUGUAAUGGGGGGUUACCCGAGAAGCCACCCACAGCCCCUGGCUGAAGAAGAAAGAGUGGUCUCUCCCAGUGCACCCCUCCUCCCCCCACAUUGUCUUGGGAUGUGGUCAGACUCUUCUUCGCCCUUUUGGAGACUUAAGCAUAGUUGCCAAAGCCAUGUGCCAGGUUGGCCUUAGCAAACCACAAUGUUUACAGCCCUGUUUCAGGGCCUUAGCUUCUCCUACCUUCCACCAACCUUCCUUGCUUGCAGAGUAAGCUUCUCACAGGGCGGGGACACAAGUUCAGUUCCACGGGCUCUUUUCAAAGACUCCCUAAGUCAAGCAGGUGAGAUGCCUAGCCCCUCUGUUCUCUUUGAAAUGCAAGAUCCUUUUUAAAGGCACAGAACACCUCCUUGUCUACUGUCUCCCUUGUUAGGAUCCAAUUUGUGGUGAACCUCCUGGGAAGGGAACACCCCCCCUUGUUAAACCCAGUUGUGUUAUCCUGCUAACCUUCUCGUGGUGGAAGAGAGUCUGUCCUUGGAAAGUGAGGGAAGGACAGGGCAAGAGGCACAGCCAUCCUAGGAAGACAGCAGCAAACCUCCGUGAUAUUUUACCCCCCUCCCUCCAUAUCUGAGAAAGAGAAAAAGCCCUUCUUGCUCUGUCUGCAACCCAGGGCAACUUGUCAGGGUGUAGACAUACAUCUGGAGGAACUGCUGCCCAGCACCCCAGCACAGAACGUAAUGUUUCUGAGCUGCGUUAAGAACUGCUCUCCAUAAUCGUGACUUUGGGUGUUCUUGAAGGGGGAUAUUUUUGAUAUAUAAAGAAUUGGUAAAGACAGCAUCAUUGGUCUCAAUCUUAUGGGACCAGAUAGGUAAAGGGCAAGGGGAGACUUAAGAUACCUGAGUCCUUCUGAAGAUGACAAGGCAAGCCCUGGGGCCUUGGCUGGAGGGCAGUGACAUCAUGGCGCCUGGGUGGAAAGGGAGAUUCCAGGAAGUGGCUUUGUACUGUUAUGUGGGUAGGACAGAGAUGGAGACAGAUCCAGACGAGGAGACCGUAGUUCCUGAUCCACGAUACGUGGUCUCUCUCUUGUUCUCCUGCACAGUCUAGAGCUGAUGGGCCUGCUUGGAGCUUAGCCCAACACCAUGGCUCUUGCCUUGUUCUAACAGAAAACUCUUCCAUUUAAGUCGCUUUGAUUGGUGUUACUUGCUGCCUAAUACAUGUUUGUUUUUUGGCAGAGUGAGGCAGGCUACUCAGGAGGAAUCUGUGUGAGUAGAGCAGAAAUAAUUAAGCACAGGGCUUUCGGUAGUCUGGCCUUGGUCGCUUCUUCCCACCUCCACCACAGGGUGUCACAGUGCUUGAUUAUUGAAAGUCCAUAAAAAGAGAAAAGCAUUUGCCCAAAUGCAAGAUUUUUUUAAAAUCAGGCUCUCAGGGCUUGCUCAGAGUUAGAGAGACGCCCUGUUUCCCUGUUCCUCUGAGUUGUCCUCAUGGGACUGUGUUCCAUGCUGUGGCAGGGAGCCAACAGUCUGGGCCAGCAGAGAGACAGAGAGAGGACGCCGGGCAGCCAGCUUAGAGCUCUUCCCAAGGACAUGAAAGAAUUCAGUGGCCCACUCAGGGCAUUCUCUGAUGAGAAGCCAAGGCCAUAUUGAAAUGGGCUGUUAUAUAAGGUGGUUUGUGGUAAAGGUCCCCAAAUAAAGGGGUCAUUCCUGCAGAUGUCAUUUUUCCCCACAUGGUCCUUUUCCAACUCUGAAUGGCCAGGCCCAGAGCACGUGGAUUGUCUCUGGAAAGAGGGUUCCAUAGGAUGAAAACUUCUCUCUAAAUAAAAGGAAGUAUGUUCAUGGAAUCCUUAUGCGUAAUGUUCAUAGAUUCCUCUUAUCUGGACAAGGGACUGGAUCCAGCUUGCUUUGACACAGGCUGCUAGUUCCCAUGAGUCAAGCCUUUAAAAAAACCUGCCUUAGGACCUUGCCUUUCGUUUGGCUUCAGGCACCUUUCUUCCCAGGGGCCAAGCUCCCUGAUCGGGAAGGUGAGUUUCGGGAGGUGGGAACCGUACGGCUCAAUGCUAGCCAUAGAAAUCCAACAAUAAUAAAAAAAAAAAAUCUGAUAGCCACACACAUGAUUGAAAUAAAACCACAUUGCAACACACCGUUUUUCAGGGAGAGGAAUUCUUCCAGUAACACUCUAAAUAGACGAAAGGAAUCAUCACCACCUUUACUCUACCUCUGCCUUGUUUACCAGGCUUUCCAUGCAGAAAACAGUCCACCAUCCUCUGGAAGUUCCUAUUCUGGUUUUCCUUGGGGCUUAGAAUAUUCUAGAAACUGCCUGAGCUUUGUAACUCAGGUGAUCAGGUGAUGGAGUCUCUCAUUGUGGGUUGCUCACUGGGAGACCAGGAAACAGACAUUUGCAAGACAGGGAGUAGGUUGAGCCUCAACAUGAUCUUGGCCUAAGCUGGGUCCCAAAGAGAUUAAAGCAACAACAGCAAAGCAAAAACUACCCAGCCUGAACGUCUUGAUGCCAGUAAGAACUGCAAAUACCAUCGUCCUGCACACUGUCCAUAUUCGAUUCCAUUAUAAGCGACUGCGCUGUCAUGGGUACUCUUUCCUGGGGCUCUUGCAGGAAGGUGACGCCUGUCCUAUAGUCCUUGAAAGAGAGGCCUUCCUUGCCUGAAGCUGGAGUGUUGGGGGCAGGGAUGGGAGAGACCUGUUUUGGAAUUCUGGAUGAAGCAUCUAUGUAAACAUAUGUGUGUGAAGCGGGGAGGGAUGGGUUGGCAGAGGGUUGGAGGAGGUGGGAACAAAGAUUGGGUACAGUUGCCUGUGGAGUGGUGGAGUCACCUGGGCCCACUGUCUUCCUCUGUACACUAUCGGGUUCAUGUAUGCAGUAUAACCUUCCUGUGUUCAUUCAUGUACCUGUCUGUGGGCGCCUAGGUGCAUGAGGCCCCAGUACCUCAAAUGACAUUAAAAUCAAGAACUAGAA